UUCUUCGUUUUUUGCCAUGGGCUCCUACAGCUCUCCCAGCUCCUGAUCUCCGGCUACAUGAAGAGCACCAUCUCCACCAUUGAGAGGCGAUAUGGCCUGUCCAGCCAGACAACAGGGUUGCUUACCUCCUUCAAUGAGGUUGGAAACACGCUGCUGAUCGUCCUCAUAAGCUACUUUGGCAGCCGAGUGCACAGGCCUCGCUUCAUUGGUUGUGGAGCAAUUCUUGUCGCCUUGGCUGGAUUUCUGAUGUCUCUCCCUCAUUUCAUCACAGGACGCUACAAAUAUGACCAGUCCAUUGCCAGUGUUUUCAGCAACACCACAGACCUCUGCCAGCUGGAUGGCUGGGGGGCCAGCGGGAACCUCAGCGAUGAGAGCUGCACCCCCCGCAAUGCCAAGGAGAACCACGAGCUCCUUCUCAUCAUGUUCGUGGCCCAGGUGCUGAGGGGCAUCGGCGGUGUCCCCAUCCAGCCCUUCGGCAUCUCCUACAUCGACGACUUCGCCAGCGAAAGGAACUCUCCCCUCUAUUUAGGGAUCUUGUUCUCCCUGACUGUCAUCGGGCCUGGGGUGGCCUUCAUGCUGGGCUCUGCCAUGCUGCGCUUCUACGUUGACAUCGACAAAGUCACGGGAGAGGAAAUCCAGCUCACGAACAAAGACCCGCGCUGGGUUGGUGCCUGGUGGCUUGGCUACCUGGUUGCAGCCAGUCUCGUGGCCGUGUCUGCCGUGCCCUACUUCUUCUUCCCACGGGAAAUGCCGAAAGAGGUGUCAAGCAGGGAGGAGAAGCACAGCAAGGAGAGCGAGGACGCGUUCAGCCAGCUCCGCUCGAGGUCCGAGCACAUGCAGAACAUGUCUCUGAUCCAGUUCAUCAAAUAUUUUCCCGUGGUCUUGCUGAGGAACCUCCGGCAUCCUGUCUAUCUGCUGGUGGUCUUGUCUCAGGUCAACCUCUCUGCCAUGGUGGCUGGUUUAGCGACAUUCAUGGGGAAGUUCCUGGAAAGACAGUUCUCCCUCACAGCAUCUUUUGCCAACAUGAUCAUUGGUGCUGUGAACAUCCCCGGGGCCAUGGUCGGGAUUGUGGUGGGUGGUGCCAUCAUGAAGCGGUUCCAGAUGUCCCUGAGGCAGUGCGGCGCCCUGUGCAUCCUCGGCAUGUUCCUCUGCGUGGUCCUGGCUUUUCCCCUGCUCUUCCUCGGCUGUCCAACGCAGAAGGUCGCUGGCGUCACCUACAGUGGCAGCUCUGGAUAUGAACACCAUGCUCUGGAGUGUAACCUUCACUGCAACUGCCCUGAGAAAGCCUACAACCCCAUCUGCGGCUCUGAUUCUAUCGAGUACAUCUCGCCGUGCUACGCUGGCUGCGAAGUCGUAAAUAUUGAUGCGGUUAAAAACACAGUCCUGAACUACACCUACUGCAGCUGCAUCUCCGAAAAUGGCCUUGCAGGCUCCGCCAAACCCGGGACCUGCGGUACCAGCUGCUCCCACCUGCUCCUCCCCUUCGUGGUGUUGUCCUGCCUGGCGGGCAUCCUCGCGAGCACAUCCCACACGCCGUCCUUCAUGCUCAUCCUGCGGAGCGUCCAGCCUGAAGACAAGUCGUUUGCUGUUGGGAUGCAGUUCAUGUUGCUGAGAGUUUUAGCGUGGAUGCCCAGCCCGGUCCUGUUUGGCAGCGCCAUCGACACCACUUGCAUCCUCUGGGAGAAGAAGUGCGACAAGAACGCCGCUUGCAGAUACUACGACAACGAUCUCUUCAGGCACAGGUAUCUCGGACUCCAGCUUUUCUUCGAAGUAGGAGCUUUGCUGUGCUUCGUGACUGUGUAUAUCAUUCUCAGGCGUCAGGAGAGAGAAGCUCGGAGUGUAGCAGAGACAAAGACAAACCCAGAAAAGGAGAAACUGGCAGGAAAGGCCACAAAGAACCCAGAAUCCAAAGUGUGAAAAGAUGUGAAUGGCACUCCAUGUGCCCAGGAGGGAAAGCCAGGUGGAUAACCCCUCACUUGAACUGUGAAGGAUGGAUGCUUGGAGCAGCCGAAGACAGGACUGCGUCUA